CAAGUCCUGUCUCUUUGGUGCUCUGGGUCAGAAACAGGAGCCCGCCGAGCCAAUGACCGUCUCCAUAAUUCUCCUUGAUGGUGUAUCAGUGUCGGUGGACGCAGGCUGCUGAAGUUACUCCUCCUGCAGAGUUAGGGUCCCAGCUGUGUCGUGUUAGCAUGACAACAAAGCAGACAUGUGGACGAGAGGCUGAGGCUCCGGGCUCCUAACUCCUCUCUGCACGGGUCACUUAGAUUGCACUCAUAGCUGAAAAGAUGACAUCUGCCACACCCCCUUCCUCUCGCAGCUCCUCCCCCCAGAAGGUUUGCCACUCCCAGACCCAGACAGACGUUUUAAAACCCUUACUGGGUGGUGGCGUAUCUGGUGGGGGCGGGACUCUGAGGAAGAGGAGGCGUGUCCUGUCCAAAGAUGGGCGUAGCAACGUGCGCAUCGAGCACGUCAGCGGGCGGAGCGCUCUGUACAUGCGUGACCUCUGGACAACAUUUCUGGACAUGCAGUGGCGCUACAAGUUCUUCCUGUUCACGGCCACGUUUGCGGGGACCUGGUUCUUGUUUGGGGUGUUGUGGUAUCUUGUGGCACUGGUGCACGGAGACCUGCUCGAGUUCAACCCUCCAUCAAACCAUACCCCCUGUGUGAUGCAGAUGCAGACUCUCACGGGGGCUUUCCUCUUCUCCCUGGAGUCCCAGACGACUAUUGGUUACGGUUUCCGUUGCAUCACCGAGGAAUGUCCAGCUGCCGUCAUCCUCCUCAUCGUGCAGCUGGUCAUCACCAUGCUGAUGGAGAUCUUCAUCACUGGUACCUUCCUGGCCAAGGUUGCUCGGCCAAAGAAGCGAGGUGAGACGGUAAAGUUUAGCCAACACGCUGUGGUGUCGACCCACGAAGGUCGGCCCUGCCUGAUGAUCAGGGUGGCCAAUAUGCGCAAGAGUCUUCUGCUUGGCUGUCAGGUGACUGGAAAACUGCUCCAGACGUCUCUGACUAAGGAAGGUGAGACGGUUCGUCUGGACCAGAGGAAUGUGCCCUUCCAAGUGGACACGUCCAGUGACAGCCCCUUCCUCAUCCUGCCCCUCACAUUCUACCACCUCAUCGAUGACACCAGCCCCCUGCGAGCCUGGGCAGCCAAGGGUGGGGGCUGGACAGAUCCAGAGUUGGCAGACUUCGAGCUGCUGGUGAUCAUGAGCGCUACGAUUGAGCCGACCUCCGCCACCUGUCAGGUCCGCACCUCCUACCUGCCUGACGAGAUUCUCUGGGGCUACGAGUUCCCCCCCGUGGUCUCUCUGUCUCCAUCAGGCAAAUACGUGGCAGACUUCGCCUUCUUUGACAAAGUGGCCAAGACGAAGACCACGCCCGUCUUCAAACCGUCCAGCCCCCAGCACGGAUACCAGAGCAACGGGGGCGGGACUGUGCCCGAUGUGUCCGAUCCAGACAAGAUUCGUCUGGAGCAGAGCUACCGGGAGAGAGGGGAGGAGCGUGGCCGCGCUCUUAGUGUUCGCAUCAGCAACGUGUGAACAGAUAAAACGGCUGAGAUGGGAGUGUUUGAAAGCGAGAAAUGCGCAGAAGAUUUGCAUCCAAUGUCAACCGGGAAUCGAUGAAACGUCAUAUCAACUCAGCUUGGGAGACUGUUUUUAAAAACAUACAUAUAUCAGAAAGGUAUCUAUUGUAGGUACAAGUAGAGCCAAAUGAUGCAGAAAGCAAAUACAGAGGACUGCAGACUCAACUUCAGGGUUUGUCCUCAUCAUUCGUUUGCUGGGAUAAUACACGUUUUACACUGGUUUGACUGUAUUCACAUGAUGGCAUAACGUACUGUCUAACUGCAGCUGCUGUAUGAAUUUUGGACCAUACACUGAAGACACAUUCAUAACUACAAAAAUAACAGGUUUGCUAAUUUAUUCACACAGAAAAAUCAUCCCGAAAACGUAAAUAGUGGUGGAGAGCGCGGAAACCCUGGUGGGCUUGUUUGGGUUCUUCCCUCAGCAGAGCGUGUGAGUCAGUGCGAGAGUGUAAUUUCCAACAGCAGUAUCGUCGAGAUAGUGGUGGUGAUGGGUGGGUGAUGACGGGGUGGAGGAGGGAAAACCCAGACAUGAGACAACCUCUAUACUUCCUCUAAAAUAAACAUGCGAAUGUGUGGUUUACAAAGGUCACGUGACUUCUAUUACGGUAAAGACACCAAUAAUUAAUGCUAAUCCUACUUGUCAAGCUCACGCCCCCCCCCCUCCCCCACCGCUCUUGUCGUGAUAUUUUUACAUUUCCUGUUUCCUGACACGAGCGCAGCAGUUAAAUACACAAACACACAACAUCUGUUAAGUGUAUUGUACGUGGCAACGCACUGUCAUAUGUGAGACAAAGCACUUUGGAGACUCUGUUAAACUAAUGUAGCACUACACCUGGAAUGUAGACGGACGUCAGACUGAAUAUAUUGUGUUCAAGGUGCUCUGUACUGUAUCUCUUGAUGGUGUUGGUAUUUCUUGUUUUCUGUUAUGUCAUGACUUUUUGCUGUUAGCACUUUAUGUAAGUACAUAAUGUACGUGUGCACCUUAGGAAGGUUAGCUGCCUACGUUCGGAGCCGUAAGACACUAAUAAAAGCACUUACACAUUCAGAGAAGUUAGGAUAAACUCUAGAACAGAUGUUCCCUUCCUGUAAAAGCUAAACUGACUGAUUCAAGUGAGCUCAUGUGUUGAGAUCAUCACUAACAGAUACUGCACAUCCAUGGAUGUAACUGCCGAAUUUGGUAAUUGUGGGUUGCAAAUGUUACUGGAAUUGCAGAGGAAGCUCUCCUUUCUGUGGAAGCCUCCCGCACUUACUAACAUCAUCAAAUGAACAAUGAACAUAUUGUUGAAGCCCCUUUUACUCAAGGACAUAAGGAAGACUAAAUUAGACUGCGCUUGUGGGCUGAGUGUUGAGAAAGUGAAAGUGAUGUUGUGCCAUUAGCCGUGUUUCUGUCAGCAUACUGUUACGUGCAUUUUCAAGUAUCGUCUGAGAAAAUGUUGAUGAAAGGGACGCAAUUUGAAGUGAAACAUAUGAAUCGUGAUCACAAGUCAAUCACUGAACAUUUCCCAAACCUUCAACUGAGUCGGAUGAUGCUUGUUUGUGCAGUGACUACCCGAUCAAAGGAAACUUUGCGGCUACUAUGUAGCUGCCUGUUUCCUUUCCUGGAGUGUGAACCAGUCUAACUGAACAACAAUACGUAGCAACGAUCAACCCAGUCUCCAGAGCUAAUGUCAGAUAUUACAUUUCUGCUUAACCACAGAUAAGUUACAACUGGGUCUAUCUUUAUGUUGCAACUUUAGGUUUGUUUAGGUUGAUUAUCCUAUGUUCCCUUCUCACAGCGCUCUGCAUAUGGUCUGUUCAGGUUAAGGCACCAGAAUUGCUGGGUUAAGAAAUACAUCAUUAUUUGGCUUAACGCAUCUGUUCUAGUCACUACGAUCUUGGGUGGAGAUGAUCCAUGUCCCUUCAAAUAUCUACUGGUGUGACUCAAACUGCAAUUAUAACGUCACCUCCAUCAUUUUCUACAAGUGUCACAUAUCUGUGGUUUGAAGGAAUGCUAACUGCUGACAUCAUAUUCUGGCGACUGGGCUGCAACAAUAACUAACUUUUCCUCCAUCUCUUCCAUUCUGUUUUUCACCUCCGCCCUCCAUUUGAAUUUCAUGUACCAUCGGAAUCACGUGACUGCAAACGACCUAUUCUGCAAGAAUGUUUUUCUGCUUGCUUGAGGUGGUUUUUGCCUUUGUGGAAAAUAAGUUAGUGGGUGAUGGAAAUGCUUUACCCUGAUAAGUCCUGUUUUCUUGAACAUUUUACUCAAAUGACUGAUCAGCUGCCCCCAGACCGCAUAAAACAUGGCCAAUACUAGCUGACAUGAAAGAAUUAUUACAACUUUAACGCUUCUUCUUUGAGACAAAUAGGUGAUUUUCGAACAGCACAGCUGGACACAUGGCUAAUGAUAGAUAAGGGAUGACAGAAGAUGCAAAGAUGUGAAUGAUGAAUAUGUAUUUGUUGGAAAUUGUAUGUAUUUGUAACAUUUUCUUAAUUAACACCAAGCUAUGGAAUGUUAAAAGUGUUUAAAGUGCAGACGGAGAGAUCAAAUAAGACAAAUUCUCUAUAAAAAAGAUGAUUUAAUAAAGUUAUUAAAAGCCA